GGCGCGGUGCGGGGCGCGAGCGAGGGGCGGGCGCGUAGCCGGCCCGCGGGCGCCGCACUAUGCUCCCCAGCGCCGUGGCGGCCCACGCCGGCGCCUACUGGGACGUGGUGGCCUCCUCCGCGCUCCUGAACCUCCCCGCAGCGCCGGGCUUUGGCAACCUGGGCAAGAGUUUCCUGAUCGAGAACUUGCUGCGGGCCGGAGGCGCCCCGCCGCCCGGGCUGCAGCCACCUCCGCCCCACGGCCCGGCGGCCGCACUAGCCACCGCCACCGCCACCGCCGUCGCCGGCGCGCAGGUCCGGCCCCUGCCUGCCAGCCCAGUACCUCUCAAGCUGUGCCCCGCGGCCGAACAAGUCAGCCCCGCCGGGGCGCCCUACGGCCCGCGGUGGGCUUUUCAAGUGUUCAGCCCCUCGGCGGACGGAGUAAGGCUGCCGGGCCGGGCUCCGGGGAACCGGGACUGUACCUUCCAUCCUUCAGCCCCAGCGCCUUCCAAACCCUUUUUUCUGAGCGCCCCGCCAUUCUGCUCGGCGUGCUGCGGUGGGUCCUGUCGGCGCCCUGCAUCCCCCACUGCUUUUCCAAGAGAAGAGAGUGUGCUGCCUCUCCUGACCCAGGACUCUAAUUCCAAAACCCGGAGGGGUAUUUUAAGAAGAGCUGUCUUUUCUGAGGACCAGAGAAAGGCUCUGGAGAAGAUGUUUCAGAAGCAGAAAUAUAUCAGCAAAACAGACAGAAAGAAACUUGCCAUCAACUUGGGACUAAAGGAAUCGCAGGUGAAAAUCUGGUUUCAGAACAGAAGGAUGAAAUGGCGGAAUUCCAAAGAAAAGGAAGUGCUUUCCAACAGGUGUAUCCAAGAAGUAGGCCUCCAAGAGGAUCCCCUCUCGAGAUCUGCUCUGGGUUUCCCGUCUCCGUGUCCUUCACUCUGGGAAGUCUCCCAACAGCACUCGAGUCCAAGAUGGAGGGAGAAUUCGCCAGAACCUUCAGAAAGACUAAUCCAAGAGAGUUCAAGGGCACUGGCCCCAGAAGCAAAUUCACUGGAAGCUGCCUUCUAUUUGUGUUCUGAAGAAGAAGCUGGAGACAAGGCUGUACUUCCUGGGGCCUGCUGAAUGGAAGCAUUCCUCCAUGUUAAUUUAACAGAACACUGAACUAGUAACACUUAGACUUUGAAGCCAGCUAGCUUGUGCCUCAUCAGUGCCUAAAACCUAACACCUUUGGAGUGAUGCGUGAACUAAUGCGUUAGGAAACCCUGUCCAGUGUUCUCUUAUUUGGGUCCUAGACUCAGACUUAAUUUGUAAGUGGAAUAGAAUCCCCCAGAAAGUACGAUGGAACUGAAAAGAAUGAGAGUAAUAGUUGACUCAGUCCGUGCCCUGAGUGUGUGUAUAUAUGCAUAUGUUUCUGUGUGUGUAUAUAUAUAUUCAUUAAAAUAGUAGAAACCAGUUCCUCUUUAAAUAUUGCAUUGAGCAAAUUCAUUUCCUUUUGUGUGAAGAAAAACCAACUGUUGACUGAAUGGUAUUAAUUUUUUGAAAAUAAUGUAAAAUUUAGACUUUAGUCCAAAUUUUCAUGCCACAAGAACAUGUUUUUAAAAAUUCUCUAUUUUCUGGUUUCUUUCAGCAUCCAGCUGUAAAUGAAUUUUAACAACUUAGCUCAGUAAUACUAACCAAAUGAGCCACUGCUAGAUACAUAUGCUGAAAAUACAUCUUUAAAAUUAAUCCAAGAAGCAAACUAGAAGAAUUUCUUUUCUUUUUUUUAAAAAGAUUGGCACCUGUGCUAACAUCUGUUGCGAAUCUUUUUUUUUCCUUAUUUUCCCCAAACCUCCCCAGUACAUAGUUGUACAUUCUAGUUGUAGGUCCCUCUGGUUGUGCUAUGUGGGACGCCACCUCAGCAUGGCCUGAUGAGCAGUGCCAUGGCCACGCCCAGGAUCCGAACCCUCGAAACCCUGGGCCACAGACGUGGAGCGUGCGAACCUAACCCCUCGGCCACAAGGCUGGCCCAAGAAUUUCUCAAUGUAAUUAUUAGUAUGCUUAAUUUCCAAGUCUCUGGACUUUAUCAGGCCAUCAGUGAGAGAGGUACCCAUUUAACUAAUGAUCUCUUUUGAUCUCUUCUCUGUAAGGGUGGGCCUUAACCAGGGGUUGCAAAAUGAAAUGCCUUUAAGGGCCUGUCACGUAAGUAGAGGACAUGGCCCACCUAAAGAUAAUUGAGUUUAAUAAUUUUAAAAUACUAUGUUGGCCAAACAAUACAUCUGUGUCAAGUGCUUUGUGACCUCCGGCCAAGACUUAAAGAAGUGUCACAUUUCUUAAAAUGCUUCCAACUGGCCUUCAAAACACAAAUACUGAUGGAAUCUCUAGUGAUUUCUGUUCGCACUUCUAGUUAUAGACUCAAUUUUCCACUUAGAUGGUAUACACUAUAUAUAUUAGGUUAUAGUAUUAACAAACACUACACAGAUGUUUUAUGUUUUUGAGUAUCCUGAAAUAGUGUUAUUAUAAAAUUGCAUUUCUGGUAACGAUUUGCUUAGUUAAUCUAGAAAUUUUUAUUCCAGGUCCAAGAAAAAAUUCUGUUUCACUUUGAAGGAAAUGAGGCAGAAAAAGGAAAUGAUGUGGUUUUGAACUAGGUUAUUAUUAAUCUGCGGACAAGAAACAUUAUUAGAAGUUCAUGAUGUGGAAUUUUGUUAGAAAGCUAUGUAAAGAGUGGCUUCUAAUUUGCUUACAUUCUUAGCUAUAGACUUUGAAGGUUUAGGGUUUAGAAAAAGUGAUAUUUCAGAAGAUAAUGGUUUGAAUCAGCAUCAGGAAAUUAUUUUGUAUGAAUGGAAUUUGCGUUGGUGUUUGCCAGCCUGUGUCUUUAUCACGAGAUCUUUUACUAAAAAGUUAUCUCAGAAGAAGCUUGUCUCAGUGCCUGUUUGCGGGAAAUAGAGGCAGGGAUCUGCUGACAACAAUUUAAAUUUUAAAACUUGUCUUAAAAUGAUUUAGAGUAUGGUUUCUUUUCUUUGUAUAUGUUAACCUCAUUUACAUUUAUUGGGUUCUUUCUAUGUGCUGGAGACUGUCUCAGACCUUUAGGGUGGAUGAACUCACUUACUCCCUAGGAUUUCUCUUACCCAGACAAGGGACCUGAGGCAGAAUGGUUAGGGUGAUUGUCCAAGGUCAUGAGGUCAGUAAAUGGGAUUUGGACCCUGGCACUCAAGUUUCAAAUCUUGAAAUCUUACCCACCAUGCAGGGGUGCAUACCCCUGGGGAAUGUGUUCACCCAGCUAUGGGAUACCUUGUAAAACGUACAUUUUGGGGAUUGCAGUGAGAUUUAUUUUUAAAGAAAUUCAGAAGCACGUUGUACUUUACAAUCUCUUACUUGGGGAAUGGUUUUCGCUUCCGCAUUCUCUUCUCUAUUAAUUUAGAAGUUUAGGGAAAGUAAAGAAUUGCAAAAACCUUCAACCCUGAAGCCUCUAUAGAGAAUAGUCCCAUAGGAGUGAUUCAGUGUGAAAUGGAAUUGUAUUUUUUUAUCACUCUGUUAAAAAUCAUAAAGUACUUAUCUAUAGCCAAUGUUUCUUGAGAAUAACUGGAAAAUCAAAUGAGAAAAAUCUGUGUCAUGGCCAUCUGAUUACCCAGGUUUUAGAAGUGGGCUGAUUGGCGCUUAGAUGAUCUUUGCAUGGGUUUCACCCUGAGCUCUGAGACCCAACAGAGGCUUCUGUCUGUACGAUUAGCCUGAUGCUAGACUAUAGAAAUGAAUCUUUUAGUUGGUUUCCUCUUUCGAAUGCCUUAAGGCUUAGGAACAGGACUCUUUGGAUGAAUUAUUAGGGGUAGGAAACACACACACAUAUGCAUGAUGUGCCUUCACUUACCUGAAUCAUCGGAGAGAACUGCUGAGCUCCAUGUUUUCAUUGACAGGGGUCUCCCUUCUCUCUGAAUUUGUGCUCUGCUGACCCUCCCUCCACCUGCAGUGUCCUUAUCCAUGCAUUUUCCUCUGUCUAGAUGCAGACUUCUUUUCUCCAUGUGAUCACAUAAUAGUAUAUUUGUCAUCUUCUUUUCAAAUCCUGCUCUAGGAAGCACCAGCACCAUAGAAGCCUGGAGGCAAAAGUCUUUAAAAAUUUUUAAAAGAAAUUGUCAAAUGGAGCUUAAGUGGAUGAGAAGAAAAAUCGGUGAGCACAAUCCUCUAGCUUUUUUUUUUCAUCCUCUAGCUUUUAUAAAGAUAAAUAUUUUAUAAAGCUAAACAUAGAGGGUUGGAAGUAUGUUAGCAAGUUAGGAAUGAUCACUGGAUCUGGAGACAGUGAAGGCCACGGUCAUUGAGGUUUAAAAGCAACUGUGUUUUCUUACUAAUGAGUUGGUUUGAAUGGGGAACUCAAUUAUUUAGUCCAGUGGUUCUCAAACUUUAAAAAUCCAUACACAUGAACACGCCAUACUUUCCAGCCAGUUUUGGGUACAUGCUCAGAUUUGGACAGAUACUUCAUACAUCCUCUUCAACAUCCACACCCCCCACUCCACUCUCUGAGAAUCAUAUACACAUACUUUUUUCACUUUUCAAAUAUAAACUCGUAAUUAAAUACGCUUCUCCAAACCACACAUGUCCUUUCUGGCCCCCUUCACUCCCCAUUCUGAUGCAUCCUUUUAAAAGCUACGUACUACUCCCCGACGUUUUCCACGGCCCAUCCCUUGAUGACCAAUGAUUUAAUCAAGCUCUGCUGGCCUUGAAUGCAACAAAGCUCAUUCCAUCGUGUUCAUAAGCUUGUUAGGCACUGCCUCUACAGGCAUCUGAAAUCCACAAAAAUGUUUUUUCUCUCUGGAUUUCAACACUCGUUGGGCACUAUGUGUGAGGCACUGUCGUAGGCUCUGUGUAAACAAAUAUGAGGCACAGCGUGGUCCUGGCCCUCAAGCAAUCUACCCUUCUUGGCAAACAGCUUUUGAAAUAUUCCAUGCUGCUGGGGCCUGGAUCCAGUAAAUUUGGGGCAAAAAAUAAUCGCCUGACAUCCUCCAGAAACCUCAUUUCUCCAUUUGCAGCAGGGGUGGUGAUGGUACUGGUGGGCUUAUUAAGUGCCCCACUAUUCAGAAAAAUACAAGCUGCUUGGUAUUGCUGGUUUUCUAUGUUAUCUCUCCUCUCUUCAGGCCACGUUGGUCCCAAGAAGAGGCAGAAGGAGUCCAAGGGAAGAAUUCCCUAACUUUCUACCUUCUACUUUUUUCUUUCUACUUUCUCAGCCUCGGAUCAACCAAUACACGUCAUAGGUAGGAAGAGUGAAGAAAAAGCAAAUAACACAAGUAGGGGGUAAUUGGAGUGAUGAGUAUUCUUGAAUAUAUAGGGAGAUUUUUGCUGAAUUAAUUUAUGUGCUUUACAAACCAUUUCUGAAAUAAACAACUACCUUAGGGACGUAGUGCUAGCCCCACAAAAAUCGUUCUUAGCUUCCAGCUAUUAGUUGGGUUCCAUUUCAUUAUUAUUUUUGGCUAUAAAAGUUAUACGUGCUCAUUAUAAAGCAACACACUUGAAAAUAUAGCUAACAAGAAAAAAUUCAUGUGUAAUCUGGAGAUAGCCAAUUUAGCUCUUUUGUGAAAAAUUUUCACUUUUGAAUGUACGUAUAUGUAAAUGUGUGUAUGUCUGAACGAAUUUGGAUCAUAGUGUACACCCAGUUUAUCCUGUUUUUUUUUUACUCAACUUUAUACAGAAAACGUUUUCCCAUGCCAUUAAAAAUUCUUUGAAACUA